AUGGCCUUCAACAAGAAAUAUGCCGGUCUUCCAGACCUGGAUCCUGCCCCAGAUCUUUACGAAACCCCUGAUCUGACCGACGAAGCCUCCACUGUCCCCACAGGUACGAUUCACACAGACUUUGAUCAUGACGAGGCUGGCUUCAACUCUGACAUCGACCGCGACGGAGUCAACGCCGACAAGGCGCGUGCCCGCUUCAUGGGCGCUGCGGUCGAUGCCCGCGAGGCCAAUUUCUCCGACGACAUUUCCAUGAGACGCCAAGCAUACCGAAGCAAGAGCAAAGGCCAGCACCGACGGCGAAGACGCCAGGAUGGUACCGAGGAACUGGGUGAUAUCAGUGAUAGCGAGGACGAAUCACUCGAUCGGCGGCUGGCGCGCCUACGGCGAGAGGUUGAGGAUCUGAAAGUGGACAUGGCACAGCAGUCGGAAUCCAAGCAAACGACGAUAUCUGAGACCAGUCCUUCCCAGGAUAAUUCUGCUGUGAAGCCUACAGUUGGCUUGAAUGACGGCGUCGCUGAGUUGAGUCGUGCACUGGAUAAUUUACAUGCUUCAGCACGUGGCAUGAAUAAUUCACACUCGGCUGUUUCUGCGCUGUCUCAAAAACUCGAAGCCGAUCUCCUCUCACAGGCCCCCACCAACCCCUCGCAAAAUCAAAUACCGUCCGAUGGAUCAGCAUCAGCUGCUGCUCCUUCUAUACCGACCCAUGCCAACCCACCAACAACUGGAAUCCUCUCACACGCAGCGGCGUUCGAGAGUCGCUUAACACUACUUGAAGCUUCUAUGGGCAUUUCGAGUUCCUCUAAUCCAUUCGUGGGUGACAGCAUUAGUGAACCGGCGCUACAGCCUGUACUUCCUGCCCUAGACCAGCUUACCUCCCGUCUCGGAGCUUUGACGAGUCUUCUUACAGGCCCAAACCCAACGUCCUCGGCUCCUACUACUGUGUUGAGCCAAACCACUCCACACCUCGAAGCUCUCUCCUCUCGGGUCCGCAAGCUGACCACCGACGCAGAGGCUCUCACUUCAGCACGCAGGCGUGCAGCUGACGCCGCAAAGUCUGCACAGACUGCACGCAUCGCAUCUGGUGACUCUGAUGCCGAUGUCCCCGCCGCUGUAGGUGGAUCUUCUGUAGCCAACGACGAAUAUGCCGCCAAGAUCCAGGCGUUGUAUGCAACCCUUCCGACCAUCCAGUCACUACACCCGCUUCUACCUAGUGUCCUGGAACGUCUACGUUCUUUGCGUGCCUGUCAUUCCGGUGCUGCUCAUGCUGCAGAAUCACUCAAUGAGUUAGAGAAGCGCCAAGCUGAGAUGACUUCUGAAAUUGAACAAUGGCGUGAAGGUCUUACUGCGGUGGAAGAGAAGAUGGGACAGGGUGAAGCGGCACUGCGUUCAAAUAUUGAAACUGUCGAGCCCUGGGUGCGUGAGCUCGAGUCACGUAUGGGUCGGCUAGGAGGUCCUCCUGCUAGUUUGUGA